CCAAGCAGGCGGAUUGCUUCUGCCUCUGACGACAGCCAGUCACACACACACACGCAAACACACGCACGCACGCGCAGCGCUGCUCAGAGCGGAGUGGCUGAGGAGAGACCGCAUCAAGGAGCCGCGUACCCGCCUGCUUACAGAGGAGUCGCGCGUGGGAGUCGAUAACCGUCUCUACCUGCCAUCUGCAUUCCUGCCUUUUUAUUCCCGGCGCCCUACCGGACGAGUCUGGUGCUCUCAAAGGGGGGGGGGAGUCCCAUCGCCACCGAGACAGAGGACCGAGGCUUGUCGGGUUUUUUCUUUCUCUUUUUUUUUUUGUUGUUUUGUUUUUUGAAGGGGGAGAUUUUUCCCCCCCCCCCCCGGCUGAAACAUACAUUAGAGCUGUGGAGAAUUUCUCUGGAAAUCAGGCGGUGUGCGUUUCCCCCCGGUUUGUUUCGUGAAAGCCGUCUUUUGAAAGGCGGGAGGGGAUGGACUUGAGAUAGUGCGUCUCAAUUUGAGUGCUGGUGGCUGGGAGUUGCCGUCUCGGAGAGAUGCGAAAGCAUGCUUGGAAGCUGUGAGCGCUACCGCAGGUAACCGAUAAGAUGGUGGCCAGGGAAGCGACUAGGCACAGCUACCUGGUGGCUUGCUGGCAGCCCAUUCUGAUCCUGAUGCUGGGCACCGUGCUUUCUGGCUCCACCACGGGAUGUCCAUCCCGCUGUGAGUGUAACGUUCCAGAGCGCUCAGUGAUGUGCCAUCGUAAGAAGCUCAUGACCGUUCCCGAGGGCAUUCCGGCAGAAACGAGACUGCUGGACCUCAGCAAGAACCGCAUCAGAACGAUUAACCCAGAUGAGUUUGCCAACUUUCCGACCCUGGAACACCUGGAGCUCAGCGAAAACACUAUCUCCACAAUUGAACCCGGAGCAUUCAAUAACCUUUAUGGGUUACGGACACUGGGAUUGCGCAGCAACAAGCUCAAGUUGAUCCAGUUGGGUGUAUUUACGGGCCUGAGCAAUCUCACCGAGCUGGACAUAAGUGAGAACAAGAUUGUCAUCCUGUUAGACUAUAUGUUCCAGGAUUUGUACAACCUUCGCUCUCUAGAGGUGGGUGAUAAUGAUCUGGUUUUCAUCGCUCACCGUGCUUUUCACGGCCUUAACAGCCUCGAGCACCUGAGUCUUGAGAAGUGUAACUUGUCUUCUGUGCCAACAGAGGCUUUUACCCACCUCCAUAGUUUGAUUACUCUCAGGCUGCGUCACCUCAACAUCAAUUCAAUACGGGAUUACUCUUUUAAACGGCUACAUCGGCUGAAAGUGCUGGAAAUAGCUAACUGGCCAUACCUGGAUACCAUGACCACAAAUUGUUUGUAUGGAUUAAAUCUCACCUCUCUGACCAUUGCCAACACCAACCUGACCACGAUCCCUUAUGUAGCCUUACAGCACUUGGUUUAUUUGCGAUUUCUUAAUCUUUCAUACAACCCCAUCCAUACCAUAGAGGGAAAUAAGCUGCAUGACCUUCUGCGUCUACAGGAGUUUCACCUGGUUGGAGGGAGACUAGCAAUGAUUGAGCCCUACUCUUUCCGAGGACUAAACUACCUGAAAAUACUAAAUGUGUCUGGAAACUCUCUUACCACUUUGGAGGAGUCAGCUUUCCAUUCGGUUGGAAACCUAGAAACCCUGGCCUUGUACGAUAAUCCCCUGGCCUGCGAUUGCCGACUCUUGUGGGUUUUCCGAAGGCGAUGGAGACUGAACUUCAACAAGCAGCAGCCCACCUGCACCUCUCCCGAGUUCGUCCAAGGCAAAGAGUUUAAGGACUUCCCAGAUGUUCUGCAGCCAAAUUACUUCACGUGUCGCAAGUCCAGGAUUAGGGAUCGUAAAGCCCAGCAGAAAUUUGUUGACGAAGGAGCCAUUGUUCAUUUUGCUUGCCAAGCAGACGGAGAUCCCGCUCCAGUGAUUAUGUGGCUUUCUCCUCAGAAAAAGUUUAUCACCUCCAAGACAAUUGGAAGGCUCUCUGUGUUGCCAGAUGGCACCCUUGAGGUGCGCUAUGCCCAGAUUCAAGAUAACGGUACCUACGUAUGCAUAGCCAGCAACGCCGGGGGAAAUGACACCUCUCUUGCUCACCUACACAUUCAUAGUUACUCACCGGACUGGCCCCACCAACCUAACAACAGUCUUGCUUUCAUAUCCAACCAACCCACUGAGACUCGUGCUAACGGUACAAAGCCCAAUGUCCCUUUCCCAUUUGAUAUAAAGACACUAAUCAUUGCAACCACAAUGGGUUUCAUCUCUUUUCUUGGUGUCGUCCUGUUUUGUCUGGUACUGCUAUUCCUCUGGAGCAGAGGUAAAGGCAACACAAAGCACAACAUCGAGAUCGAGUAUGUCCCACGCAAAUCGGACGCUGGGAUGAGCAGCACCACAGUGGACGCUCCUCGCAAGUUCAAUAUGAAAAUGAUUUAAAAAGGCGUGGCGUUUCUCGAUUUUGGACUUCAGCAUCAGACAAAUUAGAGAAGAAGACUCCUUUGCAAACCUGCCGAUCAUGGUCUGUUAACAUAGAUUACUGCUUUUUUUUUCUCUAACUGGUGGACUUGACGAGACCAGUUCCUGACUUGGAAAAAAAAAAAAUCAAGAAAAAAACAAGAGGGAAUGUAACUACAGCCAGUGAUAGGGUAGUUUCUACAAAGCCUGUGGGGGCAUUAUUUGAAAUUCAGAUUUGUCAUACAAAGGUCAUAGUCCUCCAGAUAUUGAUUGGGGAAAAAACAAACUAUAAAAGAAGAAGAAAGCUCUCCAAACAGCCAGAAUACGGGGCCUGAUCAUAUUUAAAUCAUUUUCUUUUUUUCUGUUCAUUCCACUUCUUGUUUUCUGUGAUGCUGAAUGAAUGCUAAGUCAACAAGCUCACACAUACAUACAGGUACAUCUUUGGUUAAAAUGUUAAUACAAUGUCCCAUGGUCUUUUUCAUUUGUCUUUUUCUAUUGCGUCACAAUGCUGAUAAUCCUUUGGUAGAGACAUACAAGAUAUUCUUAGUUACAAAAAUCAUUAAAAAAAGAUAGAAAAAUUAAACAAUUUAAUUACGACCGCUGUUAUUGCAGAGCCAAGACAUUGCAAUAAACGAUUGGCUUCUGUUAUAAGACCUUGGAUUACAAUUGUAAUUAUAGUACUAGUAGUGCUUCAUUGUAAAAACUGCUACAUUUUAUUUUGAGUAGUUGUGUUUCAGAAAUGCAAUGUUUACAGACAGAAAGGAGAAGAAAGCCAGUCUGGUUUUCUUCUCCUUUGUAAAGCUGAAUUUUAUCGAUGUGUGACAAACAUAAUACAUAAUUCUCAACUGUCCUUUUUUCCCUAAUAUAUUAAGAGUUUCCAUUUAUGCUUAGUGUAAUAUUAAACACAACAAUUAUGCUACCAUCUAAAAAGAAUGGUCUUGUUUGGUCCUGCGGCUCAGUGACCAGUAAACUCCUGGUCCUGGGGGUUGAGUCUCGUCAAGCAUUUACAGAUUUAAAUAAACUUGAUACAUCGAAUUUCUGGUCAAUGUCCGCUAAAAGGUUUGAGGAGAUUCAUUCCAGUUAUUUUUUGGUGUUUCUAAUCCAGUUUUUUUUUUUUCACUACAGGUCUGAUUACCAAAUUAACUUCUCACACUGGCACAGUUUGUGCCCGUACCUUUCUCCACAUUGUGCUCGACUCUGUUUGCGUAACGGCAUUCUUUUGUUGCUUCUACCUGAUUCCAAGAAAUAAGAACUACUUGUUGUGGUGCUCCUAAAGCUGUAGAAUAUCUCUGUCAUUGUUGGUUACUUCUCUGGAGUUUGUUUUUUUAUAAUUAAUUGUUUUCUUGUUUUUUUUUUAAAGAAUUGAUGAUUCAUUCAUGAAAGUGCCCCUCUCUUUUCCUUCCCCCCAUUAAAGCCAUGGAAUCGUUACCUUCUUGGAUCACUUACAGGUUUGCUUCUCCCCUGGAAAUGUGCUUUCCGUGUCACGAGGGAGCGGAAGAACUCAAGCACCUUGAGCUCCACCGGUCGGUACUGGAUAUUAAAUCGAAGGGUCGAAGCCUUAACUUUUUAAGUACACACUACGGACAUCCAGGCUUUACAAGUGUGUGUUCGUAUACAGGCGUCUACGGUGGAUGACACUACAGAUAAUGUCACGGUGACGGCUGGAAGUGAGGACGGAAUAUGCAGAUGUGUGGACUGACACAGAUGGUUUCACCCAUGGAGCAAUCUGAAGCAGCUUUGGUGUAAUCCGUUUUGCAUAAAGGAAAAGAAAACCUAAACAAACUGGAUGUGGCUCACGGCUCUCCCUCUUGCUGAAUAUGAAUGCUCUUUGUUCAAAGUGUGGCUACAGUAUCGAGCCUUUUUUUUUGGUUUUUCUUUUUAGUCCCAUGUGAUCUGAGGGUGUUCGGGGCGAGUUCAAGGUUUUUUUUUUUCUCUUUAUUUUUGUUACCCCUUACUUUUUUUAUUUCGACCCUGGACUAUAUCCACCAUGUAUAGUCCAAGCCAACUUUUUACAAAAGAAAAAGAUACUAAAAAAGAAGUCUAUGGAAAAAUACAUUCAAAUUGUUCUGUGCAAUAAAGGUAAUAUGCAGAUUUCUUUUUUUCUUUUCUCUUUUCAAUUAACAAAAUUUUGUUGAUGUUGAAUUGUUGAGAAUAUGGUAUGUUGUAUUAAACAAUCUAUGGACUUUUUUAAA